CGGCUGUGAUCAGCUAACUGAGGCUGCCACGUUUUAAGAAUGGAAGCCUUAACUUACCUGGACACGGUUCUCUCCUACAAAACCAUUUGAAAUGCUUGACUGAGUUCAGCAUAAAUUGCUGGCUGGGAGAAAGGACAAAUAUAAGAUUCUGCUUGGAGACCAGAAGAAAGGAAAUGGAUGAGCAAGGAACAGAAACCUGUACACUUCUGGGUUGCCCAGUUCAGAAAAGGUUACAAGUUGCUGUCUGUCUGUCGUAGAGUUUAAUGAUCAAUUUUGCUCCAGGUGCUCUUUCUGAAACUGGAGUGACAGGAGGGGCGAUUAGUAUGAGUCAUCAGCACAGUGAAGGAAGAGGAAGGUUGUCUACAGAGUUCAAUUCUGAAUUGCUUGGGUAAAAGAUAUCUUCAGCUAGGCACUGAGGAGGUGUUUCCCUCCCCCUCACCUGGAAUUGGAACUGAGAUCGCGUAAAAAACUCAAGAGUCAUUUGGGAAAACGCCCAAAGAUGGAUGAGACUCCUGCCAGGCCUGCAAGCCCUAUUGGACUGACCUAUGUCGUGGCCGCCUCACAGAUCUUGGGUCUUGCUGUCAUCACGGUGAUGGCAGCCUGGAUCGGACAGUAUCGAGGUGGCGUUGCCUGGGACAGCUCUCAACUACUGUUUAACGUCCACCCCCUGUGCAUGGUCAUCGGCAUGGUGUUUCUUCAAGGAGAUGCCCUUCUGGUUUACCGUGUCUUCAGGAAUGAGAGCAAGAAAUCCACGAAGAUCCUCCACGGGCUGAUCCAUUUCUUUGCACUUAUCAUUGCGUUGGUUGGUCUGAUUGCUGUUUUCCAGCACCACAAGAAUCAAGGUUUUCCAGAUAUGUACAGCCUGCACAGCUGGUGUGGCAUCAUUGCAUUUGGCUUCUACUUAGCACAGUGGCUGUUUGGAUUUUACAUCUUCCUCUUCCCUGGAGCAUCGUUCUCAGUCCGCAGUAGAUAUAAACCACAGCAUGUUUUUCUGGGAGCCUUCCUCCUCAUCCUUUCCAUUGCAACUGCUCUGUUGGGUAUUCUGGAACAGCUACUCUUCAAAAUAAAGGAUACCUACAACCUCUUUGUCUCUGAAGGAAUCCUUGCCAACACCUUGGGCCUCCUAAUAAUAGCUUUUGGGGCAGUUGUGGGUUACAUCUUAACCCGGGAAGAAUGGCGGAGACCCCCGUUGGCUGAGGAGCUGGCAUUGUCCAUGGAUUUCAAAAACCUCACUGAAGAAGGAAGUCCAACAAGUACACACUGAGGCUUGCUGUGCCAUCUGCAUUGAGGAGCUGUGUUUCUAUGUGGUAUCUGACCUGUCGCGUAGCAUCAUGCAAUUGCCACUGUUACACAUAUGUAAGCAGUCCUUUUGUUUCAUGACUCCCAUUGCACCAUGUUUCAUAUGUUCAUACUGUUUUCUUCAAAGGCUACUGUAAAUGUAGCACAGUGAAAAGGAUUUGUGGCCCCUGAACUGUGUCAGUCAUUUGUGCAAGUGGAGAUUAUUUGUCAUGUGCCCUGUUGAAUAAAAGCAUGACAAGAAUUCCCAUGUAUUAUUAGGCCAUAGGAUUAAAUCAAGAACGGGCAAUUUUGGGAGGACAGAGAUUGAACUUUUGAGGUAUCAAAGCCA